AUUGGCUUAGUUCAUCUCCUUUCAACAUACCAAAAAAAAAAAAAAAAAAAGAAGGAUAUAAACAAAAUAGGCGGCAUAUUAAUAAAUGUUGACUUGGCAGUUCCACAGUACGCUGAAGAAUUAUCGCAGUUUACUAAAAUAAAUUAAAAUGUCUUGCACUUCUUCGCCGGCUACUUUUACACAGGGCUUCCAUGCAAAGGAUUCGUGCAAUUCCAUGCCAUAUUUGACCUUGGGCAAAACUGGCUUAGAAAUAUCGAAAUUUUCAUUCGGUGCUGCAGUAUUCUCUUCUAUUUACGGUGAGUUUGACGCAAAGGAAGCUGAAGAAACUCUGGUUCAAGCUUUAAAAUCGGGUGUAAAUUAUAUCGACACAGCCCCUUGGUACGGUCAAGGACAGUCGGAAGGAUUUUUGGGGCAGGUUCUAAGGAACGUACCACGUUCUGCUUAUUAUAUAGCAACAAAAGUGGGUCGCUACUGUACCGACUAUAAGAAUAUGUUUGAUUUUUCAGCUAAAAGAGCUAGGGAAAGUGUGGAAAGGAGCUUAGAAUUAUUGGGCUUGGAGUACGUAGAUGUUAUUCAGAUUCAUGAUAUUGAAUUCGCAAAUAAUGUCGGUGUAGUGAUCAAUGAAUGUCUACCGGAAUUGGAGAACUUAAUUAAGGAAGGGAAGGCAAGAUUUAUUGGUGUUACAGGUUAUUCCUUACAUCACCUUAAGGAGUGCAUUUUACAUGCUCCCGGGAAAUUUGAUGUGGUUCUGUCUUACGCUCGUUUCACACUUACGGAUAAUUCGUUGGAAAGUUAUAUCAAGUUUUUCCAAAAUGAAAACUUGGGCAUUGUAUGCGCUAGCGGACAUGCUAUGGGACUCUUAACGAAUUGUGGCCCGCAAGCAUGGCAUCCGGCUAGCGAUGAACAAAAACAAUUAUGCCGGAAGGCAGCAAAAAUUUGUAAAGAGGCAGGUAUCGAAUUGGGAAAACUGGCUAUGUAUCAUUUUUUGCAACUAAGUGGUGCAACGACUUUUCUAACCGGCAUGAAAACGCGGCAUGCAUUAGAUAUGAAUUUGAAUGCAUUUUAUUGUGGUCUCAACUUAAAAGAGCAGGAAGUGUUACAACUGCUCAAAGAUACGAUUUUUACUAAAUCGUUCAAUUGGGAAGGCGUCGAACUUGAGCGUUACCGGUCAGCUAUGGGAAACUUACAAAACUAAAAAAAGCGAUCAUCUUGUAUUCCUACACGUAUAUAUAUAGUUUCUAUGCAUAUGCAUGUG